UUGAAGUACAUUGCAACUGCACUUGAAAGUAAGAAAUAAUGUUACUUAAGUCAUAAAAAUGAAGUUUCCCUUUGCAGAUAAAUGGUUUCUGAUAAAAAUCUAGACCAGUAAGUUUAAUCUGACUUGUAAUGACUACCCAUAAGGUACGGGUAUAUAUCGUCCAAAUCCGGGAGAGCGUCUAUUCUGUAUUCUAUAUACACCAUACAUGAGCCUUGAGUAUUGAGGAGCGGCUUAACACCACCUUAGUUACCUUUUUAGUACCAAAAAAGAGAGCUCUCAGUUAAUUAAAAGUCACGCUUUGAGGUGACCACUAAAAAAGCACAAGCGUGAAAACAGGCACACCCUCGCAAACAUAUCGUGCAACAAUCUCAGUGUAGUUAACAGCCAAAUCUUUCCUUUUAUCUUCUAAGGUUGCUUUGAUUUCAGACUGAUACAGCCUACUUAUUUGAAAGAAAAUUUGUUGGGACUUUUGUCGAUUCUUCUAGCAAAAGGGUUAUAAUGAGUCUGCGUUUGAAGAUACACCCUCUAAAACCAGACAGCUUAAACGUGCGCUACACGCAUACUUGGCCUAGUGGUUUCGGACUCAAAGCGAUAAAGGAUAGAAGAACUUAUUGAAAUUUUUUCAUAUUGAAUGCGUAGUGCAAACAAGAACGUGCAUGGAACAUAAUGGAAUAAGAGGAAAAGAGGAGGGGGUGAAAGAUGAUCGCGUAAAAAUGAAAAACUCGCUGGCAAGUUUGUGUUGCUCACCCUGUUAAAUUCACUUUCCACUUUUCACUUUUCCCUUUUUUUCUUUCACUUUUUUUUCAUUUUCAUUCAGUUAUAAUAAUUUGAAUCAUCCCCUUUAAAAUUGAUUCGACAGCCCGGUACAGUCUUUAACUUCCGGGUUAACGGCGGUAAAUAACAAGCUUGACGUCUCUAUUAAACCCCGAUGCAUUUCGGAACCGAGUGUUCUGUAUUGAAAUAGAGACACAAGUUUUCAAACAAAAAACAACAGUUAUAGUAGGAAAGAUUUAAUGUAUUCUUAAAUGAAUUUUCCAAAAAGCGACGAAAAAUCUGUCGGUAACGAAGUUGUUCAGAGAAAUAUCGUGAAGAUAUAUGUUAUUAUUUAGUUAUACUACCGAGUAAAACUGACAAAAGUUUUUUUACUGAAAGAGAACACUUUAACGUUUAAAUAUCGUCAGUGUGAUGGGCAAUCGAGUUCGCCAUAGCCAAUGAAAGAGAUCAGGGACUAAUAUUUGUCACCAAUAUAAUUUCCAGCCUUAUUUCAAUCAAGUUUACAGAGCACCUUGCUUGCUACACUAAUUAUUAAAGACACAGCGACAAGAUGGUAUGGCAAUAUCAUUUUCAGUUACUUAAUAGUUCUUUUUAAGGCAAACAAGAAGAGAGUACAUGUAUAAAGGCCCUCAUUAGACCGUUCUACAAACACUAAUUUUAAAACAGCUGCAAUAAAAUGCCGUUCUUUACGUGGACCUUGUUUCAGAAAACGGUGAUUCCAUCUUCCUUAUUAGUUUCACAACUAACAACAUGUUCCCCAACUGAAAAUAAUUUAAAUUCAACAGUUUAAACGAAGCAUGAGAGGAAUAGAGAAACAGAAAACCGUCUUAAAAACAGUCACGUACACAUUUCAAAAGAGGGAAUUUCGCAAUAAUUGACGAAUGUGAUAUCCACUUUUAGUAUGUAUAUACUAUUUGUUAACCGCCCACAGCAGGUGGAUGUUUGCUCACAUUAGCCACGUUGCGGAUGACAGUAUACUUACGUUAGUCACGUUUCACUGCAAACGGCCGGCAAACGUCACAUUUACGUUCUUAAUUUCUGAAAAUACUAAAAUAAGUAGACAAAAACUGUAUCAAACGAUUCUUGUUGGUUAAAGGGGCGUUUGAUUGCAAACAUAUGAGUAGAAGUAAUGAACAAUGUACGUCAAGUAAAGCGAAAGCUUUGUCACGUGAUACAAACUUAUUAACAUUUGCCGUUUGGCGGAAACGCUUUCUCUAUUGUGCCUCUUUGUCAGGCAACCACCCUUCUCAGGUUUAGUAAUGUGCCUUGCAAUUUACAAUCCGGUUUUGAAGCCGGUCAGCUCUCGUCAUCAUUAUCCAGUUUUUCAAACAGUAGUUAGCCUCAAACGGUAAUUGAAAGAAAAAGAGGAAAAUAACUGACUUGAGGACAUUAAGUUGUCCUUUGAUAAAAUCAGAUAGCAAAUGCUUGAACAAAGGCAAGUGAGAGUGAACAGCAUUAUUUAUGGCUCAGUCAAUUCCAAGCGUGCCCAUCCCCCCGGGGCUUUUUUUGGGCAUUUGUCAUCCUGUCGGUCCCGGCGAUGGGGAUUUGUCGCAGAAUCUCUGGUUCCGGGUGGGGCAUUACUUUUUUAGGUUGAACACAAGACUUCGAUCGUUGCCCUGACAACGUGGAUGAUUAAAAAAAAAAAGCUAUCAUGAGAAAAACGAUUGUGUCACAAAACUCCCGGCUUUUUUAACUUUCAUUUUCACUAGUUCAUUGACCAAGGUGCGAUGCAAACAUAAUUUUGGUCAAAUUUCUUUAUAUUUUAAUGAGUAGAUUUUAAAAUAUUUGUUGUUUGUUUAAAUUGCCUAUAAAACUCAACAAAACAAGCGCGAAGGACGCAAGCUCAACACUUGAGCGCACUUUGAAAACACAUGAUAUGUAAAAGGCGACGAAAACUGACAAAUUCCGGGCAUUUUUUCUCGCUUUCCUUGCAUCCCAUCAUGACGUAAGAUGCUAAUAGUAAAGAAUAAGGUGUUUGUAGAGAAACUGUGUUCACCUUAAUAAAAAUCUCAAAAGAGCUCGCCUAUACCAGUAAGGCAAGUGUAUUUUUAGGGCAAACAACAAUGACCUAAUAUGAAACAAAAGUUAGAGUUUCGAGGAAAAUGAAAUUCAUUAUCCUAUUUUACUGAGAAUUAAUAUGUGGCGCACAAAUGUAGCGCUCCAUUUAAAACUACAAUUUCCCUCGCGUGGGCAAAGUCUUAUUUUACCAAAGAAUUAUAAUAAUAAACUAAAAUUAAAGUAAAAAAUCGACAAGAAAAGGAAAAAAAACACUACAGUGACUUGUGGGGUAGGAAAUUACAAUAAUAAUAUCAUAGGUGACGAAUUACUCCUUAAUUUUGGCGCGAAAUUUCAGCGAUAAUUUGUAAUUUCACAUGUGAAAUUACAAAAUUGCCAUGGCAACCUACCGUACGUCUCAGUGUCAAGAUGGCGACAAAGUUUUAAACUGCCGUGAAUGAAGAUGUCAGGGUACAAAAUGACGCUUUAGAAAACCUGAACACACAAGAUAACAUCAAGAAGGACUCUAACAGGUAUUUUGCCGAAAAAGUCUGAAAAAUUCUGAACUUUACAAGCCAAAUUUAAGGUCUAAACAUUUGAAAGAGUGGAGUUCUUGAUCGAUAUGAUCCAGGAUAAACAUGUCAAAAAUCCAAGAUUGCUAACGUAAUUCGUCACCCAUGAUAUUAAUAAGUAAUCAAAUGGUAUACUCGUGAAAUUAGGGAAUAAUUUCACUUGCGUUUUGUCCAAUCCUAAUAAUUUCCCUCGCAAUUAUAAGGAUGUGGACAAAACGCGCGUGAAAUUAUUCCCUAAUUUCACUCGUCACCAUUUGAUUACACAUACUAACAACUAGUUCAAUGCUAAAAAAAAACUGGUUAGGCUGUCUACCUUUAGGCAGGAUUAAAGUUAAGAACAUUUUUUAUUCACCUUAACUUCAUCAUAUAUGGCGAUACUUAAUACCUUUUAUAGUAGAGAGGAGAGGUCGUUACGUCACGUUGCCAUGGUAGCAAAAUUUUUGGAUGACAACAAACCAAAAUGUCACUUAAAAAGUGGAUUCGCACUGUUUCAAACGUCAUCGAUCUUAUUUAAUUUCAUAUGAUUUGUCAAAUGUGGGCGAAAUGUUCUGGGUUAAAUCCGAAAGGACCGUAUGUAAGUUUAGAAAAGAAAAACAAAAUUUUUGUGUUGUGCUCACCUACUCCAUAAAGUGGGCGAGUGAAAUUAGGAAGUUUCAUGUCGCGGUCGUGCAACAACGGCUAAGAAACUACAAAAAAGCGUGAUGCACGUGCAAAGAUGUUUUUUGCCAAUCUAAACUGAUUGUUUUUUUGCUGUUGGCCGACGCGGUUGCAAAAACUCCCUAUUGUUGUCAUCUAGAAAAUUUGAUACCAUGGUAACGUGACGUCACACUUCUCCUCUCUAUAAAGUUCAGAUAUUAACGCUCACUCUGAUUGGUUGAAAAAGCAUGUUUGAUAAGAGUAUAAAACACAGGGACUAAAGCGGUCACGCCAUCUGUGAAUUACACCAUGCGGAGGUUUUCAAGACCAAAGUUUCGCAUUUCAGAGUGAAAAAUACACUGUUAAAAGACACAAAUUGAAAGGGAAAGUUCGAUUGAAUGCUCAGUUUCUUUCUGUGGACAAGGAAAGCUUUUGGUUUCGCAUCGUCCUUCAAGCCUUCAACGAUAUUUUCUUCACGCCGGAGCGCAAAAUGUUAUCUGUUUUGAAAUUAAUCCAAGGCAGCGAAGUUUUUGAAGACUUUUCAGGUACAUUUUUUACUCUUUAUGGUCAAGAAAAUUACAUUUUUAAAAGGAGAUUUAUGUAUGUAUAGGUGUUUCAAAAACGUUGUUUAAAUUUUGCCUUCGCCGUUAAAGAAAGAUUACAAAAUGCACCCCCAAUUGAGGUGGAUUUUGUGUUGAAUUUUGCCAUGUGUUUAUACGAUUUUCCAUGCUUUUAGACCAACUUCUUACUUUUUGAAUAAAAAUUUUCAAGAAAUAACGUUUCUGUCUUUUGUUUUGUUUCUGCCACCUGCAAAGACGUCGGCGAAUUUGUAGAAUUUUUACUUUCAAGUUCAGUUUUUGGGUACUUUAAGCAGUUUGUUUUCAAAUUUACAUGUUAAUGACGUCCAGGUUUUCAUGGGCAGCAAUUCAGCCAGUUUUAAAAGCACUUUUUCCUUCUGCAUUCAAAUUCAAAGAACGUUUCGCUCGUUUCACUUUGAGAUAACUUUGAUGUUUUGACAGCUUUUGUCUUAUUCAGCCAAUCAAAUCAUUUGGCCCAUUCUGGCCUAUUCUAAAACGGAUUAUGAUUGGCUAAUUAAGCGUGGUUUAUGGGAGUGUAGAACAUGCUGAGGACAAUCUGGUUCGUUUUGAAAAUAAAGUUUGUUUUCAAAAUUAGAAAGCAAUGCGUUGGGAAUUUAACAAAUUCUUUUAUCAUAAAACAAAUCAGAAAGAAGCCUUGACUUUGCUCUGUUCUUUUGUAAAGCACUUAGGAGGCGACUAGAGUAGAGCAAGAAAAAGUAGGGAGAAACACUCGACUACUACUGCGAUCAUGUUCAACCUUCUUACUUGUUACCUUCUUUUUAUAGUCGUUCUGCAGAACAAAACUACUAACUACUUGUUAUUUUGAUACAAAUCUCUAUCUUAGGUGAUUGCGGUCAAUUCAACCGACGCAUCACAUUUCUGACACCAGCCAGAGGGUUUUACCUUAAAGGACACGUGUUAUCAAAUCAUUCUGUGGAACUAAACCUAGACUGCCAAGACCAGUGCGCCCUUGCGAGGGAAUGUGUCUCAUAUAAUAUUGGUCCAAUGAUAAACAACAAGAUGACCUGUGAACUGAGUGACACAGAUCACUUGCAACACCCAGAAGAUCUCAAACCAAGAAAAGACUGGUUCUACAGAGGCACAAAGGUAACAACAGCAUUCAUAGUCACAUGUCACGUGUUCAUGUCUUAUUAAAUGUCCUAAAUGGUUAAAAUUGAUGACUAGGACGAAUGCGUCUUUUUAAAACUGUAAGCGUUUAACUGAUUUAUUUUGUUUGUUCUUCUUUUUUUUUUUUUCAUGUAUACUUGUUAUAAAAUGCACUGCUUAAAACACACUUGUAGUUAAAAGGAGGCUAACUCUCUAAAUAUUUAUUAAUUAGCUAGAAUUUAAAAACGAUGAUGGAAUGGAUAAUGAUUACGCGAUUGCGAUGAUGAUGAUAAUUACUAUGAUCAUGAUGAUCAUUUUGAUAUCGCAAUGAAACUGUAGCGAUAUUAGGGAUUUGAUUAACCAAGGGCGCAACUGCAUUUUAUCAAAAGAGGGGGGGGGGGGUUUGGGGGGCAAAUCCACGGUGCUUACCAGAUUGUCAGUCGACAUCCAUAGUAAGAGUGGCACUCAUUUUUUCGCAUGUGCAGUGUGUGAGGCGGGAGGGAUAUGCCCACACCCUAUACUGCAUUGACAAGUCAGGUGACAAGAAGGACCGAGUAUACUACAAAAUCUUGUCCCAAACUGUAAUUGGCGACGAAAAUACUUUGAUAAGAAAGGAAGCUUUCAACGAUGGUUUCUUCGAAAAAAUUUCGACUGCCUACAUAUCUUCGUUCAAAAAGAGUGAAUCUUUGAGAUUAACCUGGGCUUCGGUUAAUCAAUAUCCUAGCGUUUUGCGGUAAAAAGAAAGGGACGCAUGUCACAUAUGAUGGGGAAGGGCAAUCUAACAACCCCCAUCACCGUGAGAUGUAAAUCGUGAUGACAGAGCAAUUGUGGUAUGAUGAUGAGAUAAUAUUUACCAAGUAGGCCGACGCAGACCCAUUAAACCUAUUGAAGGUUUCAUUGAAUAUAUCGGAGACAAAUUCUGAGAACAUAACGCAUUAGAAUUUAAUAAGAAAAAAAAUGACUCUUUGUUUCAGAAUCUUUGCGCCGCCAAGCCCUGCCUAAACAAUGGGACCUGCUAUAUGGGAUACACGGAGAAACAAUUCGUUUGUUUUUGCCUAACUGGCUACAGCGGAGAAACAUGCGAGAAAGGUAAA